AUGGUUUUGAGGUUGAUCUUCAGGAAACAGCCAUUGUGGAGGAUUUUAAUAUUCUGUCACCUUUAUUCUGCCGUCAGCCGGAAUUCUGUAAUUGCAGCCAGUGAAUGUGAUGGUGGUCAUGACGUGUUUGCCAAAGUCAAAGAGAACAGCCUGAUGGGAACAUUUAUUGCCAACCUCAGCUUUACAGCAGAUCCAUCAGCCAAUCGCAUACACUUAAGGCUUUCUGGAAAAGAUGCUGGGUGGUUUUAUUUGGAGGGGAAAAACAUCAGACUGAAUUCAACAUCAACAAGGAUUAUUGACAGAGAGACACACGGCUCAGUUUUAAAGGCAACUGUAAGGUGUUAUGAACAUAAAGUGCUACAGGCUGAACAUAGAAUCAUGGUGGAGGUUCUGAAUGAAAAUGACAACAAACCUGAGUUCCUACAAAGCUCCACACAACCAGUGCAGCUCAGCGAGUUGACAGCAGUGAACUCUGUAGUGUUUACAGUCCAGGCCACAGAUGCUGAUGGAGACACACUCACAUACAUCAUUGAAGAAUCAUCACCUGACGCCAGGUAUUUUCGAGUGGACUUGCCCAACAGCGGCAAAGUGAUUCUGAACAAGUCACUGGACUAUGAGAUCAAAACGCAGCUCCGACUGACGCUUUAUGCAGUGGAGACCAACACUAAAGAGCACUACAACACAACAGCAACGGUCAUCAUCAAUGUGACAGAUGGAGACGACCAGUACCCACAAUUCCAGCCUUGCACUCUUCUCUCGGCCAAUCACAGCAAGCGCAUUUGUGCCAACCCACUGUACACUGCCAACAUCACAGAGAACGAGCAGGACAUCGUCUUGGAUUUCUUUCCGGGACCAAUUCAAGCUGUGGAUGGGGAUGAGGGUCUCCGAACGCCAAUAAAAUACACCAUCCUGUCAGGGGCAGACAAUGGCAGAUUUGUAAUUGACAGUAGUUCUGGAGAGGUGAGGUUAACCAGAUGUGUGAAGAACAGGCUGCUGAUCCCGACACUGAGACUACGUGUUAUGGCAGCUCAGACGGAUGACCCUCUGAAGUACGCAGUUGCCACAGUUCUGGUAAGGGUUCUUGCAGAAAACAAGUUUCCACCACAAUUCAGCCGUUCAGCAUAUCGUGGCUUCGUCAGCAAGAGCACAAGUCCGGCUUCACUCGUCAUGACGUACGCCAACAAAUUACUCAUCCUAGAGGCUACAGAUCAAGACUUUACCAACGGCUUCAAUCCCAGACUGCAGUAUUCUCUAAACUCCCAAAUCAACAGCUCUCGGCUCUUUUACAUUACACAAGAAGCUCUGCUCAUCGCUAAAACCAGCCAGCUGCACCCCGGACACAAAUACUUCCUAGAGGUUCUGGCCACUGACCUGGAAUCAGGAGAUAGUGUUAAAGCUACAUUGCAUGUGGAAGUUCUUCAAAGAGGCCAAUCAGUCCCACAGGGCCCACUGGGGGUGGGGCAUCCAUACAGCCGCGAGACCGUAGGCAGAGCAGAGGGCGUGGCAGGGGUGUGUCUGAUCCUGCUGGCUGUUACCUUAUUCACUGUGGUGCGGUGCAUCCGGAUGAGCAGAGAGAAGCGGGAUCACGUCAUACGCAACACUGUGGCAGACAGCACACACCCUAAUGUGGUUAACCACAGCCCACCAAUGCCUUUAAUAGAGGACACAUUUUCACGCCACAAUGAGGCGUUCAGCGAAUACGACUUCUCCACUUCAACGUUCUACGGCAAACAGGGCAUCUACACCAAAACAGAGGAACCAUCAUCAUCAUCUGCUGCAAACUUACCAUCAAUAACAUUCAACAAAUCCCUAAUAAGGGAACCAAGACGCAAUUAUCUGGCGCUGAGGCCCAACGGGAGACCCGUGCACAGAUUCAACAAUAAAACGGUGUCGUUUCAGGACUACGUCGUGAUUCGCGAAUGUGACGAGGAGAGUGAGGAAACUACCACCUUCACAACCGAAGUUGAGGUCUGCUCUGAUUUUGAAGAAAUUAACAUGGAUUACGAACUAGAAAAUGAGGAUUCGGAUGUCACCGAAGAACUUGAAAUACAAAGUCCCACUUCAUAUUGUGACGACGCAUCAGAAACGCUUGAUACACCAGUCGACCAAGACUACCAAACUGCUGUUGCAAAUCAGACGGAUUCUGAAGAUAUUAUUCAUGCAGAUCCACCACAAAAAGUAUCCAGAAAGCACAGAUUUAAGUCAGACCUGGAGAGAAUCCACAGAGACUCAACUCUAACUCCAGAACGAGACCAUUCAAUAUCACAAACAGCUCAUUCAGAAGAUGCUGCGUUCUCCAGUCUUAAAGGAGAGUCGUUUCUAAUACACACUAAAGCCUUGCUAUCAUAUAAUAAACAUUCAGAAACCGUUCAAUCAGACUGUGUCAGACAGUUUGACGAUCACAACGUAGACGCUGUGGUUUCAGGAGCUGAAAGUUCAGUGCAAAACAUUCAAGAUGCAAGUAACUUUACUGCUGAUCUACAAACUCAUGACUCCUAUUACGUCAACGAGGACGUCGCAACUAAUUUAGACGACAGCAGUCCAGAAGAGGAGUCGGGGUCUAGCUCAGAUUCAAGCGGUCUGAACUAUCUUCAGGUUCUUCAGUAUUUCAACAAACAUCUCGACGCUGAAGAAACCAAUGAUGAGGAAGAAGAAAGCUAA